AUGGCAAAAAAGCCGAGCAUGGGCCGUCAAAAGAUUAAAAUCGAGAAAAUAGAGGUAAAAAAUCACCUACAGGUCACAUUUUCAAAACGGCGAUCAGGGCUCUUCAAAAAGGCUAGUGAACUCUGCACACUUUGUGGCGUUGAGAUUGCCAUAAUCGUUUUCUCCCCAGCUGGAAAAGUCUUCUCCUUCGGCCAUCCCAACGUGGAGUCUAUAAUUGAUCGGUUCUUGGCGCGAAGCACGGGCCCCAACUCCCACGAUCCGUUCUAUCUGGUCGAGGCUCAGAGGAAUGCUAGUGUUCGAGAGUUGAACCUGCAAUUAGGUCAAAUUAUUAAUGAAGUGGAAGUGGAGAGGAAAAGGGGUGAGAAUUUAGACAAUAUGAGGAAAACGAACGAGAGCCAUUAUUGGUGGGAGGCCCCUGUGAGUAAAUUAGGGUUAGACGAGCUCGAGCAACUGAGGGAUGCCAUGGAAGAGUUGAAGAAGAAUGUCACUCAGCAUGCAAAUAAGCUGAUGAAUCCAUCCUCGGUGUUUGUGCCAAACCGGGCUAGCGGCGUAUUCGAUCAGUACGAGAGUAAACCUAGUCAUGGAAUUGUGAGUUCCAGCCAUGUGAAUGCUGCUGUCAACAGUAACUUUGGAUAUUGCCAUGGAUUUUUCUGA